AUGCCACCCGACCGCUCCGCAACCGGGAAGAUAGUGUUCGUUGGCAACAUUCCCUAUGGUAUUUCCUCUCUCCCUCUCCCCAUCCAUCCAGAAACUGACGGGAAACCAGGCCUAACAGAAGAGCAAAUCACUGAAACAUUCUCCUCAGUCGGCCGUGUCCUCUCCUUCCGCUUGGUCUACGACCGCGAGACUGGUCGUCCCAAGGGGUUUGGUUUCGCCGAAUACAGCGACCAGGAGACGGCCGCGAGCGCAGUCCGCAACCUGGACAAUCACGAGAUCAUGGGACGGAAACUGCGUGUCGACUUCUCGCACGAGGGGGGCGCAACGGAGGGGAUGGGAAUGGACGACAUAAUGAGUAGUGUCGGGGGCGUCGCGGGGCCAAUCACCUCUACACCGGUCGCCAACGCUCCCAACGCCGCCAACACUACUGCCGCUACCUCUGCCACCUCCACCUCCGGUAUAGGAGCCCAAGCAAGCGGCACUGGAGUCCUCCCCGCCUUGCCCCCAGGAGCAGACCUCCCAGUGGGCCUCAACGCGCCAGACGCAAUCUCCAGAACCCUGUCGGCCCUCCAGCCCUCACAACUCCUGGAUAUCCUGGGCCAGAUGAAAGCCCUCGUGGCAACGGACCCCCUCAAGGCAACCGAACUCCUCCGCCAGGCGCCGCAACUCUCCUAUGCCAUUUUCCAAGCCCUGCUAUUAAUGAACCUGGUGGACACCAGCGUGCUAACGCAAGUAAUCGAAAACGCCGCCGCACCCUCUCAAUCCCUCCCUGCUUCCGCCUCCACCACCACCUCCGCCGUUACCGGUAUCGUCCCGCCCCCCCCACCACCACCUCCACAACAACAAGCGGCGGCGGCGGCGGCGGCGGCGGCAGCGUACGCAUCACAGUACGUCCCACCACCGGCCGUGCCCGCGGCGCCUACCCCGCCCCAGCAACAAUCAGCAUACACCCCUGCGCCCGCGCAAGCUGCCAUCGUCGCGGACCCCCAGCGAGCAGCGCUGAUACAGCAGGUAUUAAGCCUAACGCCCGAGCAGAUAGGGGCGCUGCCGGCAGAUCAGCAGAGCCAGAUCAUGCUAUUGAAGCAUCAAUUGGCGGCUGGUGGUGGAUUUUAA